CACCGGAAAUAAAAACUUAGUAACAAAAAAAGUUGUUUUCUCUAAAAUAAUGUCUCAUUUUGCUCCGAGUUUCUCUAUAUUAUAAUUUAUUACUAUAUAAUAAUUGUUUCUUUUCUCUUUUUAAGACGUACAUACUGAAAUCUUGCAACGCAGAUAAUUUGACUGUAAUAGUUCAUAGCGAAACAGAUGUGAACAUAAUUAAAUCUUUAGGAGAUUCAGAAACAACAGUUAUGAUAUUACUUAGCAAUUCAUCAACAAUGCAUUCAAAAUUGAAUCAUAAAACCAAAAUAGAUGGAUUUAUUACAACAAUCAAUUCAGUAAAACAACUCUCUGAAAUUUUGUUCAGACUUAAAUUAUCUCUAUGGUGGAAUAUUAUGAUACCGGUUUUCGUAUUAAACAAAUCAAGAGCAGGCUGCAGGGAUGCACAAGUGACUUUAAAAGCAAUCUGGGAAAUGAACAUUUUGAUAUCUUACUUUAUAUGUUUUGAUUCGCAGCAAAAACCAUUCAUUUACACCUUUAACCCCUAUACAAAACGUGUUCCUCAUCAGUGGAAAAUUAUAGGCGAAUUUACAAACAAAUCCUCACAUUGGACAUUAGUUAAUCGUCCAUACCACCAAAAAAAUUUCUGCGAUGGUUUCAAUUUUGAUCGCACUAAAUUUUUUGACAGUGCUCCAAUUAAUAUUGUUUGUUGUAUUUACGACUCUAACAAUACUUUACCAAAAACAGUCGAAGAGAAAAGUAAAUUAAUGAAUUUUUCCGAGCACGAUUUACAUAUUAUGGAUGCACUAAAAAUAGCAUUAAAUGUUUCACUGAAAUUUGAUUACGAUUACGGAGCGUAUCAACUUGAUCCAGAACCGCAUGGUGUCUUCAAUCAUUUAAAGAAUGGAACAUCUGAUCUCGCAAUGUGUACUAAAAGUUUAUCAGCAAUGUAUAAUUUUUCAGCAAGUUAUCCUUUAUUUUAUUCUGGCAUCUCUAUACUUUCACAUCAUCAAGGAUAUUAUACGCCUCUUGAAAAAAUUUAUAAUUAUUACGGUAUUUUAAUGAUUUCAGCUACAGCUGUCAUUGCAGUGAUUACGUAUGCUGUUGUUCUGUUUACAAAACCUAAAGAAUAUUCGUUUGCUGCGUUUGAAAUUCUUCGUUUAUUUAUUAAUAAUUCUCUUGAAACUAAAAUCAAUACUCUUUCACUUCGUAUAUUUUUUUCGGUAAUAUUUCUCUAUUUUCUUAUAAUACAAGCGACAUUUCAAGGAAAUUUAUCAAAAUUUUUAACUAAGCCAGAAUUGAAAAGAAACUCGGAAUAUCUAAGUGAUUUACAAAAAAAUUUUUAUGAUAAAGUUUAUACAACACAUUCGGGAGAGUUAGUUGUCAGAGACAAUGAAUAUGUUGCAAAAAAAAUAAAAAUAACAGAUUUUUAUCAAUGCAUAGAAUCUGUUGUCAAAGACGCAUCUAAUGUAUGUAUUGAAGAUUAUUUUUGGGUUUUAAUACUACUACGAAUUCACUUUUCGUCUUCAACAAACGAAGAAAUAUUGAGACCAAAUUUGUAUUUAUCAAAAAAUUUUUUAAGAAAUAACUUUCUCGCUUAUGCAACUCGCGAUGAUUGGCCUGUUAAAAAUAGAUUUGAUAAAGUUUUUAUGUUACUAGAAAAUUCAGGGCUUGCUAAAAAAUGGUCUGAUGAAGUUUUUGUCAAUCUUCAGUCAGUUAUAAAUAUUGUUGAAAAUUAUAAUUUUAAACCUAUUGAUCUUAAUACGGUAUCAUUUAUUUUUUAUUUCUUAAUAUUUGGAUUAACAUGCGCAACAAUAAGUUUUCUUAUUGAAAUACGAAUCGCAAGCAUCACAAAAAAAGUCACUAAAAACACUCGUAGAGUAAGAAGAAGAUUUAAUGAAAUUCAAUUCGAAUAAAUAUUUCAUAUUUUUUUUGUUAUUUUUUAACCCUACCCCGAUUAAAAAUAUUCAUUGAAAAGGAUUGAAAAUUAUUUCAAUUCUUUUCAAUCCCACGGAGGUUUUGGAAAGUAUUGAAUGGAAUUGAAAUUUCGAUCAUUUGAAUACUUUCUAAUUUUUAAAAUGGAAUUCAAAAGUAUUGAAAAGAAUUCAAUCUUUCAUCAUUUCAAUACCUUACAAUAUGGAACUAUUUUGGUACUGAGAAGGAUUCAGACAGAUUCAAAAAUUUCAAUUCAUUUGAAUUCUUUUCAAUCCCAUACGUGAAUCUAAAAUUCGAAACUUUUUUGGUAUUGAAAAGUAUUUAAAAAGAUUAAAAAUAUCAAUUCAUUUGAAUCUUUUCCAGUUCCUUGGAAGUUUAGAGAUUCUUAUAUUAUUUUGGGAUUGAAAAGUAUUCAUUUUAUGUCCAAAUGAAAACCUUUGGGUAUAGAAAGUAUUCAAAAGGAUUCAAUUCUCAUCUUUUUCAAUGAACAUUUUUAAUGAAUAUUUUUAAUCAGGGUAGUCCGGUGUCGUUGUUUUCAGCACCCGCACAGUAAAAAAGGAUUCGUCAAAAUUGACACUUGCCGUGUCUGGAUCAACUCUGAAUCAAGUUUUAUUAAUGACCCAAGUAACUUAUUCGGAAUCUUUUUGCAAUCAGUUUCGGAGUUUUUUUAUACGGGAAUUUUCAAUUAAUUUUUAUAGUUUUGUUUUUGACUCUGCAUAAACAGCAAUAAAUUUAAUAGAACUUCAUUAAAUAAUUAAUACUAUUAAUUGAUUAAUCAAAUAAUUAAAUUUUGCAAAAAUCUACGCUACUUUAUGCGACUUGAGAAUUCGAACAGUAUCAGUGACAUCUAUCGCCAAUUCAAGAUUUGCAGUUUAAAGAGUCGUAGACAAUUAGCUGACCUGUCCUUCUUUUAUAAAGUAAUUAAUGGGCUGGUAGAUGCCCCUGAAAUUCUGGCUGAUUUUGGCUUUAUUUGUUCGAGAACUGACCUGAGAACUAAGAGGAUACUAUCGGCUCAUAGGUCUGGCAAAAAUUAUGUGUAUCAUGGGCCAAAAAACAGAAUCGCUAGACUGGUUAACCAAUACUCUACUGAUACCAACUUUUUUGGUGGAUCCUUCUCCUCAUUCUCGACGGCGGUGAAAAAGAUUUUAUGUACUAUUUGAUUCUAUUAGGUUGUCUGUAAUAAUACUUAUACAGGCAAUAUGGUGCAAUAUGUUUUUCUUUU